ACAAUCUCAUUAUUCUAACAUCAAAAAACAUUCACACUGGUCGUGUUACACUCAUUCAUACAGUUGUAUCACUCAUCCUAUUACGAUUUUAUCAAAUUCAAUCGAAAAUAAUUCAGAUUUACUGGCUUUUAUAGAAGAAAAUAACAAGUAUUAUACAAUCUACACUGAUGGCAGUAAAGGCAAUGAUUUUGUGAGAAGUGCGGUAUAUGAUUCCCAAAAAGAUGUUGCUCAAAGCUUUGCUCUCGAUAAAAAGUGCUCCAUAUUUACAGCAGAGGCAUAUGCAGUUUUUGCUGCUUUAAAAUCUAUAAUUUCUAUAAAUAAUUGUAAAUAUUUUCUAAUUUUGACAGACUCUUUGAGUCUUUUAAAUAGCCUAAAGCAUUCUUAUAUUAAUAAUUUUAAAACUAAUUAUAUUAUUUAUUUAAUUAAAGAUACUGUCUUGCGGUUGCAUAAAAAAGAUAUCUGUUGCCUUUACGUGGGUACCCUCACAUAAAGGUAUUACUGGUAACGAAAAAGCAGACAAAGCUGCAUAUGAAGGGAUUAACACUCUUAAUGACAGAGAUGUGGUACAGGUUCCUAUGACUGAUUAUUAUUAUUAUAUCAAUAACUCGAUAAAAAAUUUAUGGACAACAUUAUGGGAAGAAGAUCAAAAAUUGAAAGGAAAAUGGUAUGGUAGUAUACAGGAAAAUUUACAUAUAAGACCCUGUUAUGAGUUGAAUACUAGCUGUAUCGUGAGUCGUGAGUUCGUUACCACAAUGAACAGAUUGCGCUUUGAGCAUAACACUGCACCCGCGCACCUCGCUAAACUUAAUAUUAUAGCUAACAAUAUUUGCUCUUUCUGUAAUAAUAACGAGAUCGCAGAUAUCAACCAUAUCUUUUUUAAAUGCCAAAUCCAAAUAUUCAUUUUUAAUAGACUAAUAUUGGCAAGUGAAAUAAUGGAAAUUAGUGAUCCCUCCCGCCGCCAGUUGUGUGAUUUGCUCAAAAACAAAAAGUGUUAUAGUGCAUUAUAUAAAUACAUCAAAAAUACCGUGGGGAAGAUUUAAGAAAACAAAUGAAACGAUAGAUUAACAUGUGAAUUAGUGACCGUAAAUAAGACUUGGCUUAAAGGUCUCGUUACCAGGCCAUAAAAUUAAAAAAAAAAAUCACUUCUGACAUCUGAACUCUGAAGUUCUCAGUUCUCAAUUUCACGUGGGAUUGUUUGUAUAGUAGUUGAAACUUGAAAUUUUCAAAGCUUUUAAGUAAAAGUUGAUUAAAUUAAAGCUAUGAAGUAAUCGUCAAACUAUAACAUGGAUUUUAUUAUCGACACAGUUGGUGAUACCGACCUUCUAAAUAAGUUAGAGCUAUUAAAAAAGGAUGACAAACUUUUCAUAGACAAGGAAAAAAAAACACAAGCCAUAUUAGACUUAUUCGACAAAACAAAGCAAGAGUUAGAUGCCAAAGUAGUUGCAGAGGAUGCAAUUGAAAGCAAAUUAAAAAAUCUUAAAAUAGAUCAAAUGUAUGAUGACUUUUUUAAUGACAUGUUGUGGUCACACUCAUUAUUAGCUGUAAAUAAAAAGAAACCAUUAUUCACAUUUGAUCAGUUAGAUAAGGAAACGGGGAAACUGAAAUCUAAUAUUGGCUCUGUUGAUGUUGACAAGGAAAUGAAAAACUCUGUCUUAAAGCCAGGCAUAGAAAAAGAACUUGCUUUGCCUCAAUACAAUAUCAGUGAUAAAAAAUUAAGGAAGCUACGGAAGGAAGAAAGAAUGAAAACUAAAGGCCCAGGAUGGUUUGACAUGAGUGCUCCUGAAAUAACACCAGAAUUAGAGAGUGAUCUUAAAUUACUUAAAAUGCGGUCUGUGUUAGACCCAAAACGUUUCUACAAGAAGAAUGAUAUGCAAGUUUUGCCUAAGUAUUUCCAGGUUGGUCAAAUUAUGGAUUCAGCUUUGGACCAUGUUAAUGAAAGGUUAACUAAAAAGCAAAGAAAAAGAACAAUGGUGGACGAGUUAUUAGCAGAUGCAGAGCUACAGAAGUACAAUAAGAAGAAAUACAAGGAAAUUAUUGAUGAAAAGAGAAAGACUCAGUAUAAGACAUUUAUGAAGGAUAAGAGAAUCAAAAAUAAAGCCGAAUUAAAGAAAAGUAAAUCUAAGAAAAUGCAGAAUAAAUAAUUGUGGAAUUUAAUAACCUUUUAUUUAUGUUAAUAACUAGGUGAUAAUGGUAUCAAAAGAAAUAAAAUCUUUAAUAAUGGCAUCAACAAUGCAUGUGUUCCAGUGUAUUGGUUUUAUCAACAAAACAUUCAGAUUUAUAAUAAUUUUAAUUACAUACCAUGUAUCUGAUACUAGAUGUAGCAGCUCGUAGGAGUCUUACAAAUAUUAUAAAACAAUUAAAAAACAAGACUUCUACAUUCACAGAACCAGGAAAGCCAAAAUAAAAUACCAAUUGUAAA